AUUGUCAAACUAAAGAAAUUAUUUUAUUUUGACGUUAAUCCUAAAAUUUUAUUAUUUUAGUAUAAGAAGCGCAAGAAAUAUAUCUGGUAUUUAUUUAGCUGUACCAAGUUAAAAUUUAAAAUGAUUUCAGCAACGAGAGCGAGACAAUUCGUGGGCUCUGUGAAUUCUCGAACAAUUUCUUUAACAAUCCGUUGCAUAACCAAUAAAACAGAAGAUGUUACCACACAUACAGGCCAAAAAUGGGAGUCUGAUGAUUAUAGGUUGGCAAGAUUUACUCUGGCUCCAAAGCAAGUAAAUAAAAAUUGGGCUGUAAAUUUGAUAGCACAAGUUCCACCAAAGGAGGUAACUGAACGUGUAGUUUGGUGUGAUGGCGGCAGUGGUCCAGAAGGCCAUCCAAGAGUCUAUAUUAAUUUGGAUAAACCUGGCAACCAUUCUUGUGGCUACUGUGGACUUCGAUUUGUCAAGAAAGAUCAUCAUUAGUAAUUGUCAGAUUCUCCAAAAACCGUUAACCAAAUUUUGUUUUGAGGAUGUAGAAAAUUGACAUUAAAAGUAAAAAUAA